CGGUUCUUCAAAUGAAAAAAACCUGUCUCACUUUAAAUGUCAGCUCACCUGUCUGCUAGGCUCUAUUAGAGGUGACCAUUUAACUGACGACAGGAACUUGCUAAACGGAUUAAACAGGACUGCCUUUUUUUGUGGAGACAUAAUCAAAAAGAAUAUUACUAAAAGAACAUAGCAAUGGAGUGGAGGAUUAUAGUACCUGUUCUGUGUCUGAUUGGAUUCCUACCUGUGCCUGGAAAUGCUGCGGACAACAGCACCACCAACAGCACCACCAACAGCACCACUGCUUUUGAAUUUAAUAUAGUGUUCCACAUUAAUGACACUUUCAAUGAAACCUACUCCAACAUGGCCAAUAAUAACACAAUAACCCUGAAAAACAAAAUCAUCACUGAGGUUUCACAAGUUUACACUCCACUUAAAAACUUUCAACGCUUCGAUAUUCUGCAAUUCAGGAAUGGCUCCAUUGUGGUAGAUGGAAAACUGUACUUUAACAGCAGUGACUCCAAGCCUUCUUUGGCAAACCUGACACAAAUCUUGAAUAAUGGAAAUUUUACCUUCAAACUCCUAACCAAUCUCACCAGUAUUACUGAGGUCACAACAACUGCUGCCAAUACUUCAACUACGACUCAAGCUGUAACAACCUCAGCAGGCAUUGCAGUGUAUAAUUUAACCUUCAAAAUGACGGGAAACUUCACAAAUGACCUAUCAAACAUGUCCUCUUCUGCGGCCACUAAUCUGACAAACUUUGUCGUUGGUCAGCUUGAUCAAGUUUUCAAAGGUUUUAAGUCCCACAAGCGCACAUUUGUCCGGCAAUUCAGGAAUGGCUCCAUUAUAGUAGAUGCUGGAGUUGAAUACGACAAAGUCUCUAGUCCUUCUGCAACGGAGCUAGCUAAAGCCCUUGCUGAUGGUGUUAGAAAUGGAGUAGUCAAAUUGCCAAUUGAUACACAAACUAUCCAAGUUACAGACUCCACAGGAUUCACUGCUAACAAGUCUCCAGUCUUGGCUAGCAUGCUCACUGCUCUCUGGAUGACGCUAGCAUCACUUCUGUUGUCAGCUGUGAUGCACUAAGCAUCACCUUCACACAUAAAAUCAUGCUACUGCAAAAUGAUUGUGAAUUUUUUUUUUUUUUUUUUUUUAGCAUUUUGGUCACAUUAAGAGUCAGCAAGUUACAAAGCAAAACAAGCCAGGUUAUGAUCUAGCUGUAACAUUUACUAGUCUUUCUUGCCACAUAUAGAGCCUGGUGAUAUGUAUGGUAUUUGUGAGUUAUGAUAUUUUGGUUUCUGAUUUACAAAAAGCACAUUGUUUGUGCAUGUGUACACUGGGCUGGAGAAAUAAUGAGGACUGUUUAUUGAAAUCAAAUCUGAACAUUUCUCCAUGCCACAGGAAUGGCACAAGUGAAAGUUACCUAUAGAGUUAUUAUGUUGAAAUUCAAAAUAGAGAUUGUUUUGCUCUUUUGAAAACAGAUUGAACAAUAAGUAUCUUUACCAAUGUAUUAGAUAGAUUCUGAAGAUGUGAAAUCUAUGUAUUUAAUCUUUAAGUAAAUGAAAGAUGUUCUAAUAAAUGCUCUGUAUUAUGUUUUAUGAAGUACUGAUGUUUAAUAAAAUGAAGGGGGAAUCCUGUUCCGUUUGUAAAUUCAGUGCUGCAAAAACUUUAUAAAUAAAGACUGUAUCUAAAUGA